AUAAACCACAAAACAAUGGGAUCAAGAAUGAAUAUCAAGAAUCACCGGAACAAGAAUGGCAGGAGGAGGAACGACCUUAGAGUACACACCAACAUGGGUGGUGGCUCUCGUCUGCUCCGUGAUCGUCUCUAUCUCUUUCGCCGUCGAGCGUGGCCUCCACCGUGCCGGAAAGCACUUUGAUAAAAACGAUCAGAAGCAGCUUUCCGGGGCACUACAGAAAGUCAAAGAAGAACUUAUGCUGCUAGGGUUCAUAUCGUUACUGCUGUCAGUAAGCCAGUCUAGAAUAGCAAAGAUUUGCAUAUCAAAGGAGUUGAGCGAGAAGCUUCUCCCUUGUAAGAAACCAAAAGAAGACAAGUCCCUCAAUGACAACUCUCAUUUCCAGCUCAGCUUCACCGGCCGUCAUCUCCUUGCCGGAGACUCCGCAGCCGGAGACUACUGCUCCCAGAAGGGAAAGGCUCCAUUAAUGUCAAUAUCAGCUCUGCAUGAGCUUCAUAUAUUCAUCUUCGUGUUAGCUAUUGCUCACAUUAUUUUCUGCCUCUUGACCAUUCUUUUUGGUACCAUGAAGAUAAUGCAAUGGCGAAAAUGGGAGGAUAAAGUUUUAGAAAAAGACUACAACGCAGACGAAGUGAUCCAGAAGAAAUAUACAGCGGUCCGAGAACAUGACUUCAUCAGGGGACGGUUUCUUGGAGUUGGAAAAGCUGAUGCUUGCUUUGGAUGGGUGCAUUCGUUUAUGAAGCAGUUUCUUGCAUCAGUCAAUGAAUCGGAUUACAUCACAAUGAGGCUAGGAUUCGUCACGACUCAUUGCAAGACCAAUCCAAAGUUUAAUUUCCACAAGUAUCUCAUACGUGCCUUAAAUUCAGAUUUCAAAAAAGUUGUUGGUAUCAGUUGGUACCUUUGGGUGUUUGUGGUUCUCUUCUUGCUUCUAAACAUUGCUGCAUGGCAUGUUUACUUCUGGCUAGCUUUUCUUCCUUUGAUUCUUUUGCUUGCUGUGGGGAUGAAGCUGGAGCAUAUCAUCACAGAUUUAGCUCAUGAAGUUGCAGAGAAACACAUUGCUGUAGAGGGAGAUUUGGUAGUACGACCAUCAGAUGAUCUGUUCUGGUUUAAAAGUCCCCGGCUAGUUCUCUUCUUGAUCCACUUCAUUCUUUUCCAAAACUCAUUUGAGUUAGCAUUCAUCUUCUUUAUCUUUGCCCAAUAUGGUUUUGAUUCUUGCAUCAUGGGACAAGUCAAGUUCAUAAUUCCAAGACUUGUCAUUGGGGUAUUGGUUCAGCUUCUCUGUAGUUACAGUACCUUACCACUAUACGCCCUCGUUGCUCAGAUGGGGAGUUCGUUCAAAGGUGCAAUAUUCACUGAUCAGGCGCAGCAACAGAUUGCUGGAUGGGCAAAGUCAGCAAAGAUGGCUAAAAAGAAAGGCUCGACUCACGCAGGUUCUAGUCAUGGUGGCAGUCCAAAUCCUAUAGCCGCUCCUUCACCGAAGUCUAUCCAGUUGCAGUCGCUUCUAGUAAAAGGCUCCUCUCAACAAAGUCACCUCUCUGACAAGAAACCUGAGAUUGUUGAGGAAAAAUAACUCUUUACACAGUUAUACAUCCUAAACAAAAGCUUUUCCAUUAGAUUCUGUUUUCAGACAA